CCUCUUUCCUCGCCACACUUCCGUUAAUGCGCAGUAACGUUCAUUCACUCCAACCUUUCUGAAAAGUUGAGGAGUUUUUCGCAAUUCGCUGGUGAAGUUCAUGGGCUGGCUGUGGUUGAAAAAAACAUAAAGAGAGUCAUGAGUGGGAAUGUCGCCGAUUCAGCUGUCUCUCCGACUACCCCAGCUCAAACAAUUCCGGCAGAUCUUUCAGGACAAAUGUUAGAAUUAGAUGAAGACGAUGAUUUGGAAGUAUUCAGCAAGGAUACAACAAACACAGACGGAGGGUCUUUCAAUGCCUCCAUGCAGACGUCGCCGGGCUCCAUGAUUAACCAGUACAAAUUUGACGAGGAGGAAGAGGAAGAGGACCCAGGUGCGAAAGACCUCUUCAUCACAGUGGACAACCCAGAGAGCCAUAUCACUACCAUUGAGACAUUCAUCACUUACAGGGUUGUCACCAAGACCACCCGCAGCGAGUUUGACUCCUCUGAGUAUGAGGUACGCCGGCGCUAUCAGGACUUCCUGUGGCUGAGAGGGCGUCUAGAGGAGGCCCACCCCACGCUGAUUGUGCAUCCCUUACCAGAGAAGUUUGUCAUGAAGGGGAUGGUGGAGAGGUUCAAUGACGACUUCAUCGAGACCCGCCGGAGGGCCCUCCACCACUUCCUCAACCGCAUCGCCGAGCACCCUAUCCUCUCCUGCAACGAAGACUUAAAGGUCUUCCUUAGUGCUCAGGCCUGGGAACUGGCCUCUCACAAGAAGCAGGGCCCGGGCUUCCUCAGUCGGAUGGGGGAGACGGUCAGAGCGGUGGCAGCGUCGGUGCGCGGAGUGAAAAACCGGCCGGAAGAGUUCAACUCCAUCCAGGAGUAUGUGGAGUCCUUCAGCCAGAAGAUGACCUCGCUGGACAGAAUCACUCAGAGGAUAGUCAAAGAGGAAAGGGAGUACCUGGAGGAGAUGAAGGAGUACGCCCCCACCUACACACUCUGGUCGGGCUCGGAAGAGGAGCUGGCUGAGCCCCUGAAGGGUGUGGCCAACUGUCUGGACAGGUGUUUCCAGGAGACGGAGGGACAGGUGCGCCAGCUCUCGGACUGCCUGGCCCCUACCCUGCACGAGUAUGUGCUGAGUACCGACACCUUAAAGGCCGUGCUCAGAAGACGAGACAACAUGCAGGCUGAGCUGGAAGCCAAGAACGAGGCGCUAGCCGCCAAGAGGGCUGACCGAGACGCGGACCCCAGAGAGCGCGGCGUUGUGUGGCAGAGCCUGCUCGGCAAAAACCCAGAGGAGGCCCGACAGCAGCGGCAGCAGAGGCUGACCGGGGAGAUCGGCGAGCUGAAGGAGGAGAUCGAUAAGCUGGAGGACCGCGUGGAGUGGGCCAACAACGCUCUGAAGGGGGACUGGAGUCGCUGGCAGAGGAGCAUGCGGAGCGACCUGAAGGACGCCUUCGUCUCCACCGCCCAGAAGAACGUCGACUACUACGAGAAGGUGAGGGUCACUCACCUCAAACCACCACAACCUCACCACACUUUUGAUACACGACUCGUAUCAAUCACACUCUGAUUAUCCGUGGAUGUGCUAAGCUCAUGUGUUAUGUUUAUGGCUAUAGUUCUUAGCAGACAAAAAAAUGAAGUCUUAUAGCCUAGGUAAAAGAAAUACCAAUAUUAGUAAUAGACUAAAUUGAAUUGAACAUAAUAACUACCAUAAACAUAAACAAACCGCGACUAAGGAGAAUAAAUCAGUAAGGUUUUUAUCUUUACUUUUCCAAUAAAAUAUUCAUGACAACACCAUACUUUAAAAAAAAUCAGUUGAGUUGAGCACAGCCACACUCAACCACUGUGCAGUUAGGCAGCUAUUACAGCCCACUUGCAUCAGUGGCAUUUUUUGGAAGUUAUAAUUUUGUUGGUCUCAAUAUCAGGAAGGUUUGUCUGGCUUGUGGGGACACAUUUUCGAGCUCCAGUAAUUCUUUUGACCUGAACCAAAUGCUGACAGACCGAUUUUUCCAUUGAUCUUUUUUCUCUCUUUAAAAUGCAAAUGCAUUAAGUGCGUCCAAAGAAAUGGUUGAAUGUCUGAGGGGAGCUUUGGCACAACCGGCAGACCACUUUUGGCUGCAAGUGCCCACAGACACCCGGUUUUGAUUCCGACCUGCGGUCAUCUCUGGAUCCCACCCAACCUCUCUCUCAGUUCCUCCCUGUCACUCUCAACUGUAUCUACAUAAAGGCAAAAGCCAAAUGAUAUACUUUAGUAUGUCAUUAAAAAGCCAAAUGAUAUAGUAUCAUAUGAAAAAAGGAAUUCAUGAAAGUUCCUUUGCAGUUCAUAGAAAAUGAAAAUAUAAAGUAGUGACAUGGAUGUGGCUGUGAAUGUGGCUGUCGUAUGUGCUUGCAAGUCUGUUCUUCUUCCAACAGAGGGCAGCACUGCCUCAUAUUCACUCUUUGCCGCUGCUCAGAGCAGGGAAUAACCUUUUCAGCUGGGAAAAAAACCCUCUGGCUGAGUAGGAAUGAAAGGUGCUGCAGAUGCACACAUAGAGAAAGACCUCCUUAUGCCAUUUGGAAGCAGAUUGUUUAAUUUCUUCCCACUCCUCUUCCUCUCGUGGAGUCUUGUCCCUUCGGCUGAAUGGUUUAGAUUGCGUGUUUCUUCCCUUACUAUAUCCUGCCAUCUCUCACCAAGCACACACGCUCACCCCUGGGAGCCCUCCAGCAGUGGCACAGAGAUAUCACCAAAGGUCUUGGAGGUUCUCCGCAUCGUUAUCGGCGUUGGCAUCUCCAGAGGGGCCCCUCAGAAGCCUCACCUCUGAGGCCUCUCCUCACUCUCCUUUUCUUACCGCCACUGGAGAAAUAGAUUCCAAUAAUCAACAGCCACACAAACACUUCACUUUCGCGCUCGCAGCUUUUCGUUCCUGCUGGGCCCGGGAGGGGCUGGGUUUGAAAGGCUGGCCUUGAGGGUGGAUGUUUUGACAUCAAAUGGAAUGACAGUGUGCUUUCUAAUGACUGCCGCACGGAAAACUCCCCCAUGGCCUGCAGCCCCCUGCCGCCCCAGACUGGAGAUUUGGCCCGGCCGCCUUGUGAGUUUGUUUGUUUGUUUGUUUGUUUGUUUGUUUGUUUGUUGUUGAUAUGAGUUUGGCUCAAGGCACUCACAUUAGUUAUACACAGUCAGGAACAAGAGAGA